AUGGCUUCUUCUGUCAACAAUUUUGUCAUCUUGGAUCAGACGUUGAUCAUGUUUGACGUCGAGCAAGUGGAAAACGCCUCACAAACGAUCACGAUUCGACGUCAUCCCGAUUGCAAGGUGCCAGUGUGUUGGUGUCUUUUGACGAAUGGGCCGACUCGUUACAUGGUUGCACCAAAUGGCGGCAUCAUCAACAAUAGCAAUCCUCUACAGCUUCGAAAUCUUUUAGAACGACUUUUCAUCUCUCCCCGAAACGCACAUGUUCCGCGCUUCACCCUCGAUUUCAAUCCAAAUUUGCCGAAUUGUCUAGCAACAGGCGGUGACGACGGAGUGAUCCGCAUUUGGGACACCGACAGCCGAAAACGCCGAUCCACUGUG